CUGCCCCAACCCCGGCCCCUGCCCCUGCCCCUGCCCCGGCCCGCGCUGGGAGCCGAGCGCACAGCGAGCGCAGCCGCCGCGGAGCCGGCACCUGGAGACCAUGGAGGAAAGAUCAGAGCCCAGUGCCAAAGUGGAUGAAUCGGCGCCCCCUUCUGUGGCCCAGCUGGCUGGGCUGUUCAGGGAGCAGGCUGCUGCUGCAAAGGAGACACCAGCCUGUAAACCAACAAGGAGGAAACCACCCUGCUCCCUCCCCCUGUUCCCCCCCAAGGUAGAGCUGGGCCAGAAUGGUGAGGAGAAAUCACCAUCCAAUGCAAGCCAUCCUCCUAAAGUCAAGGUGAAGAGCUCUCCUCUGAUUGAGAAGCUUCAGGCCAAUUUAGCUUUUGAUCCAGCGGCCCUGCUACCGGGGGCCUCCCCCAAGAGCCCUGGGCUUAAGGCUGUGGUGUCACCAUUCCAGAGCCCACCUUCCACCCCCAGCAGCCCCGGUGUGCGGUCUCAGGCCGGGGAGCCAGAGGAGGUGCCAGUUAGCUUUGACCAGCCUCCUGAAGGGAGCCAUCUGCCUUGUUACAAUAAGGUUCGGACGAGAGGCUCGAUAAAAAGGCGCCCUCCCUCCAGGCGAUUCCGAAGGUCUCAGUCAGACUGUGGGGACCUGGGAGAUUACAGGGCCCCCGAGUCAUCCCAGGAGAAUGGUGCCAAGGAAGAGAACGGGGAUGAGGUGUUCUCAUCCAAGAGCAAGGCCCCGGGGUCCCCUGCACCCAGCCAGGGGCCGGUGGGAGAGGAAGCAGGGAGGCCGCCGGGGUCCCAGGAGAAGCCUCCUCUGAGGAGGACGUCCAGCAGAACAGAGAAGCAGGAGGAGACGGGCAAGGCCCAGGACGAAGCCCAGCAUCACCCGAAGGCCAUGGGGGGCUCUGAAGAGGAGGCCGGCCCGCCUCCAGCUGCCAAUGAGGCUGUCCCAGCAGCCCUUGCCUCCAGCCCAGAGGCAGCGAAUGGGUGCGGGAGCCCCACAGAAGAAAAAGCCCUGGGAGAAAAGACAGAAGAGUCUGCAGAAGUGAAGGAGGAGACGGCAGGAAAUGAAGAGGAUGAGCCCAGACAAGGUAGCCAAGGCACAGAGGUGCUGGAGGAGGAAGCUGUGGGGGAGGCCCCACCAGGCCCCACUGGAAGAGUGGAGGGCCACGGCAGUCCUGAGCAGGGGAGAGGCCAGGAGAAGGAUGAAGAGGGGGCCUGUCAGGAGCCAGGCGGCCACCCCCGUGAUGCAGCCCCUAAGACGGAGGACCCCUGUCCAGGACACUAAAAUGUGAAGAACUUGUUGUGCCUAGUGACAAGGCUGCUGGAGAUAUCACUUUAGAAGGCGCAGCAACAAGAGUAGCAGCAAACAAAGCCAUCGCCAAAGCAGAAUUCGUGGAGAGUAUGGAGGCAGCCUGAAGACACCCACUGUGUUGUUUCCUGGUCUCCACGCAGAAUAUUCCCUUGCUAACAAGGAUCAGUCAGAGAACAGCAGCCUUUAAUCAGCUUGAGUUUGUGUCACUUGAUGGACUUGGUUUAAAAAAAAAAAUAUUUAAAACAGUUUGCUGUGGUGACAGCUCCCAGGAAUACUGGUCAACCUGGAUCCUACCCACAACCACCUGUCCCUGCGGCUGACCUCGGAACUGGAUUCUGAUUUUGCUUCUCAAAUUUUGUUUGUGUAAAGCAAGAGCCUCUUUAAUGUUCUGAAGUUUUUAUGAUUCUCAGAUGUAAGUAAAAACUACUUUCAGGUGGCUAGAAACAAAAGAAAAUAGUGUUGCUGAAAAUAUAAAUCCCGUAAGUUACAGAAGGCCUUAAAUUGUAUCAAGACCCUCAGACAACCUCUCAGCUUUGUCCAAAUUUGAACUGGAGAGCGGAUUUUUAAAACAUUGGACUGGAAAAGAUACUUAUUGCAACAUUAACAAAUAUGUAUCUGUUCCAGCAAUAGGAGCUUUCCCUGUUCAGGAGUUUUGUAGUCCAUGGUACACCGGGAGGUGACAGGCUCAGCCCACACCCUCUUCCCAGGGAGGAGGUGGAGGUAGGGAGUGAGUCUCCCACAGAAGCAGAUGUCAAGGUGUCAUGGCUCUGUAUGCUGCACGUCCUCAUCCUGAAAGCAGAGCAAGGAUACCUAAACAAUGCCUGCUCUCUGACUUAUCCUGGGAGGGUGAAAUUUGCACUUCCAGAAGGAAUUCCUUGAGCAGAGAGUAAGAGGUUUCCUGGGAGGUGCUUGAGAGCCUUGUGUUUAAAAGGUACAUAACAAAAAAACAUCCUUCCUAGGUUCCCUGGGAAGCUGCUCUUGAAUCAAAGCCCAGGCUCCCUUUCAACUCUGAGGAGGGGGUUGGGUCUUCAGUCUGUUUUCUCACUCCAGAACCCCCACUCUCCAUUCUCAUUCCCCUCCUCCCACUUUAAAGUUCUGUGUGGGAAGUGCCAGGGGCUUUGCAAGGAACCAGGGCCUGACUACCUAUUCCUUGACUCAUUUCCCCUUCCCUCUUGAUGCAAUGAUGUUAAUCCCAAUGAAUGUUGAAUCUUUAGGGUUGGUUCUUAUCCAGAUCUGAAUAUUGCAGUGUCUCAUUGUGCUAAUGCGGCAGAUGGAGUGGUUGUUUUUCUGGAGGUCUGUUAGACCACUUCCUACCGUGACUUCAGAAAAUAGUCUCCCAGACAAAAAGGCCUUAUGUCACUGCUGGUACCUCCAUGUUCUCAUCCCAUUAUGGUUUUCCUAAGUCCGGGAUGGUGUUAAUACUUGGGAUAUAUUUUUUUCUUCAGAACUUUUUAAAUACAUGCAUCUUCUAAAACCUGUAACUUAGUCAAGCCCAGUAUUAUUAAGUUUUAUGUUUCAGCCGAAUUUGGGAGAUAUGUGUGUUUCAGUUAUUUUGAAGUCUAUAUAAUGCAUAUCUAUCUAUCCAUCCACCCAUCCAUCUACAUCUAUCCUUCAUCUAUCUAGCUAUCAACGGAGAUGUGUACCCCCCUAAACAAUACAUGAUUUUAUUUA